AUGAAGCCAGCGAGAGCUAAGACGCCCAAGAAACCUCUGGUGAAAAAAGGAUCCCAAGCAAACCUUAAAGACCCAGCUGGGGUAUACUGUAGGGUGCGCCCACUGAGCUUUCCUGAUCAAGAGUGCUGCAUAGAAGUGAUCAACAAUACAACUGUGCAGCUUCAUACUCCUGAGGGUUACAGACUUAACAGAAAUGGAGACUAUAAGGAGACUCAGUAUUCAUUUGAACAAGUACUUGGCACUCACACCACGCAAAAGGAGCUUUUCGAUGUUGUGGCUAAUUCCUUGGUAGAUGACCUCAUUCAUGGCAAAAAUGGUCUUCUUUUUACAUACGGUGUGACGGGAAGAGGAAAAACUCACACAAUGACUGGUUCCACAGGGGAAGAAGGGCUGCUUCCUCGGUGUUUGGACAUGAUCUUUAACAGUAUAGGGUUAUUUCAAGUCAAACGAUACAUUUUUAAAUCUAAUGAUAGGAAUAGUAUGGAUAUACAGUGUGAGGUUGAUACCUUAUUAGAACGUCAGAAAAGAGAAGCCAUGCCCAAUCCAAACACUCCCUCUAGCAAACGACAAAUAGAUCCAGAGUUUGCAGAUAUGAUAAAUGUCCAAGAAUUUUGCAAAGCAGGAGAAGUUGAUGAAGAUAGCAUCUGUGGUGUAUUUGCCUCCUAUAUUGAAAUAUAUAAUAAUUAUAUAUAUGAUCUGUUGGAAGAGGUGCCAUUUGAUCCCAUCAAACCCAAACUUCCACAAUCUAAAAUGCUUCAAGAAGAUAAGAACCAUAACAUGUAUGUUGCAGGAUGUACAGAAGUAGAAGUGAAAUCUACUGAGGAGGCCUUUGAAGUUUUUUGGAGAGGACAGAAAAAGAGACGUAUUGCUAAUACCCAUUUGAAUCGGAAAUCCAGCUGUUCCCAGAGUGUGUUCAACAUUAAAUUAGUUCAGGCUCCCUUGGAUGCAGAUGGACACAAUGUCUUACAGGAAAAAGAACAAAUUAUUAUAAGCCGGUUGUCCUUGGUAGAUCUUGCUGGGAGUUAAAGGACUAACCGAACUAAAGCAGAAGGGAACAGAUUACGGGAAGCUGGUAACAUUAAUCAGUCACUGAUGACACUAAGAACAUGUAUGGAAGUUCUGAGAAAGAACCAAAUGUAUGGAACUAACAAGAUGGUUCCAUAUGGAGAUUCGAAGUUAACCCAUCUGUUCAAGAACUAUUUUGAUGGGGAAGGAAAAGUGCAUAUGAUUGUGUGUGUGAAUCCAAAGGCUGAAGACUAUGAAGAAAGCUUGCAAGUCAUGAGAUUUGCAGAAGUGACCCAAGAAGUUGAAGUAGCUAGACCUGUAGACAAGGUGAUAUGUGGCUUAACCCCUGGGAGGCGAUAUAGAAACAAGCUCGAGGGCCCAGUUGGAGAUGAACCAUUGGUUGCCGAAGUGGUUUUACAUUUCCCUCCUUUGCCGUCAUGUGAAAUUUUGCAUAUCAAUGAUGAGCAGACCCUUCCAAGGCUGAUAGAAGCCUUGGAGAAGCGGCAUCACCUACGACAAAUGAUGCUUGAUGCUAAUACUUUUAAAACUUUGUUGCAAGAAUUUGACAAUGCCGUUUUAAAUAAAGAAAACUACAUUCAAGGAAAACUAAAUGAAAAAGAAAAAGUGAUCUCAGGACAGAAAUUGGAAAUAGAAUGACUGGAAAAGAAAAACAAAACUUUGGAAUAUAAGAUUGAGAUUUUAGAGAAAACAACUACUAUCUAUGAAGAAGAUAAACGCAAUCUCCAACAGGAACUUGAAACCCAGAAUCAGAAACUUCAGAGACAGUUUUCUGACAAAUGCAGAUUAGAAGCCAGGUUGCAAGGCAUGGUGACAGAAACAACAAUGAAGUGGCAAAAAGAAUGCGAGCGUCGAGUGGCAGCCACCCAGCUGGAGAUGCAGAAUAAACUCUGGGUUAAAGAUGAAAAACUGAAACAGCUGAAGGCUACUGUUACUGAACCCAAAACUGAAAAGCCGGAGAGACCCUCUCGGGAGCGGGAUCGAGAGAAAGUUACUCAAAGAUCUGUUUCUCCAUCACCAGUGCCUCUUUCUAGUAACUAUAUUGCUCAGAUUUCCAACGGCCAGCAACUCAUGAGCCAGCCACAGCUACAUAGGUGUUCUAACUCUUGCAGCAGCAUUUCUGUAGCUUCCUGUAUUUUGGAAUGGGAGCAGAAAAUUCCUCCGUACAACACACCUGUCAAUGUCACCUCUCUUGCAAGGCGAUGUACUGGACUGAAGGCAGGGAGGUGGGUUCCUACAUUCAGAAAUGAGGUAGAAGUAGAAGAGGAUCAUGGCUGCAGGGGUGAUGUUUAUAAAACAAGGGGUGGUGGACAAUCUGUUCAGUUUAUUGAUAUUGAGACCUUAAAACAAGAAUCACCAAGUGGUCAAAAACGAAGAUCGUCCACAGUAGCACCUGCCCAACCAUAUGGUACAGAGUCUGAAUGGACCGAUGUAGAAACAAGGUGUUCCAUGGCUGUGGAGAUGAGAGCAGGAUCUCAGCUGGGACCUGGAUAUCAGCACCACACGCAGCCCAAGCGCAAGAAGCCAUGAACUGACAGCCCCAGUACUGAAAGAAUAUUGUGAUUUGUGUUGGUAAUUUCU